ACCUGUGAAUGAUAAAGUGGGCGGYUCAUAGUUUCGAUAUGUCCACCCUAUGUCAGCCACGCCCGGCGCAGAGACAACAGAAAGGGAGAUAAUUGAGAAGGAAAUCAUCUGCAGUAGGGUUUUUGGAGUUUGCUGUCGCGUGGAAGGAGUUGCCUUUGCAAACACGGAAACCGAUAGAGCAACCGAAUUCACCACGUAGUGCCGACAACCGAGCAAGAAGCCACCAUGUCCGAAGCGGACAAGUUCCUCUACAGAGACGGCGGUAAGGUCGCCAACCCCCUAGACCAGGCCGACUGGGCCACCAAGAAGCUAGUAUGGAUCCCUUCGGAGACGCUGGGGUUCGUGUCCGGCUCCGUCAAGGAAGAGAAGGGAGAGGAGUGUGUGGUGGAGCUAGCCGARACAGGCAAGAGGGUGACGGUGAACAAGGACGACAUCCAGAAGAUGAACCCUCCCAAGUUCAGRAAGGUGGAGGACAUGGCCGAGCUCACGUGUUUGAACGAGGCRUCAGUGCUGCACAACCUCAAGGAUCGCUACUACUCUGGCCUCAUCUACACGUACUCUGGCCUCUUCUGUGUGGUGAUCAACCCCUACAAGUACCUGCCCAUCUACUCAGAGAACAUCAUAGAGAUGUACAAGGGCAAGAAGAGACACGAGAUGCCCCCUCACAUCUARGCCAUCACAGACACUGCUUACAGGAGUAUGAUGCAGGAUCGUGAAGAUCAGUCCAUCCUCUGCACAGGAGAAUCGGGAGCUGGAAAGACUGAGAACACCAAGAAAGUGAUCCAGUAUCUGGCACACGUUGCCUCUUCCUUUAAGUCGAAGAAAGACCAGGGUGCAGCAUUAGCACAUGGGGAGCUAGAGAAACAACUUCUGCAGGCUAACCCUAUCCUAGAGGCCUUUGGAAACGGCAAGACGGUCAAGAAUGACAACUCCUCCAGAUUCGGGAAGUUUAUCCGGAUCAACUUUGACGUCAAUGGAUACAUUGUGGGAGCCAACAUUGAAACUUAUCUGCUGGAGAAGUCCAGAGCCAUCCGACAGGCUAAGGAUGAAAGGGCCUUCCACGUCUUCUAUUACAUGCUCACAGGAGCUGGGGACAAAAUGCGCUCUGAGUUGUGUCUGGAGGACUACAAGAACUACCGCUUCCUGACCCACGGGAACGUGACCAUCCCUGGUCAGGAGGACCGGGACCUGUUUGUGGAGACRAUGGAUGCCUUCAACGUCAUGAGCAUCCCAGAGGAGGAGCGGAUAGGUCUUCUGAAGACUGUCUCUGCCGUUCUCCAGCUGGGGAACAUGAGCUUCAAGAAGGAGCGCAACUCUGACCAGGCCUCCAUGCCUGACGACACAGCGGCCCAGAAAGUGUGCCACCUGCUGGGCAUGAACGUGACCGACUUCACCCGGGCCAUCCUGUCCCCCAGGAUCAAGGUGGGCAGGGACUACGUUCAGAAGGCCCAGACCCAGGAGCAGGCUGAGUUUGCAGUGGAGGCGCUGGCCAAGGCCUCCUACGAGAGGAUGUUCCGCUGGCUGGUGAUGAGGAUCAACAAGGCCCUGGACAAGACCAAGAGACAGGGAGCCUCCUUCAUCGGCAUCCUGGACAUAGCUGGCUUUGAGAUCUUUGAGCUGAACUCGUUUGAGCAGCUGUGCAUCAACUACACCAACGAGAAGCUGCAGCAGCUGUUCAACCACACCAUGUUCGUCCUGGAGCAGGAGGAGUACCAGAGGGAGGGCAUCGAGUGGAGCUUCAUCGACUUCGGCCUGGACCUGCAGCCCUGCAUCGACCUCAUCGAGAAGCAUGCCAGUCCUCCUGGUGUGCUGGCUCUGCUGGAUGAAGAGUGCUGGUUCCCCAAGGCCACAGACAAGAGCUUUGUGGAGAAGGUGGUUCAGGAGCAGGGAAACAACCCCAAGUUCCAGAAGCCCAAGAAACUCAAGGACUCUGCRGACUUCUGCAUCAUCCACUACGCUGGAAAGGUGGACUACAAGGCAGAUGAGUGGCUGACGAAGAACAUGGACCCUUUGAAUGACAACGUGGCCACGCUGCUCAACCAGUCCACUGACAAGUUUGUGUCGGAGCUCUGGCGAGACGUGGACCGUAUUGUGGGCCUGGACAAAGUUGCUGGGAUGUCUGACGGGGGGAUACACGGYGCCACUAAGAUCCGUAAGGGCAUGUUCCGCACCGUGGGCCAGCUCUACAAGGAGCAGCUGUCCAACCUCAUGACCACUCUCAGGAACACCAACCCCAACUUCGUCCGCUGCAUCAUCCCCAACCACGAGAAGAAGGCUGGUAAGCUGGAGCCCCAUCUGGUUCUGGACCAGCUGAGGUGUAAUGGAGUUCUGGAGGGGAUCCGUAUCUGCAGACAGGGCUUCCCCAACCGCAUCGUCUUCCAGGAGUUCAGACAGAGAUAUGAGAUCCUCACUCCCAACUCCAUUCCCAAGGGAUUCAUGGAUGGCAAACAAGCCUGUGUGCUCAUGAUCAAGGCCCUGGAGCUGGAUUCCAACCUCUUCCGGAUUGGCCAGAGUAAGGUGUUUUUCCGGGCUGGCGUCUUGGCCCACCUGGAGGAGGAGAGGGACAUUAAGAUCACUGACAUCAUCAUCAGCUUCCAGUCCUGGUGCCGUGGCUACGUGGCCCGCAAAGCCUUCACGAAGAGACAGCAGCAGUUGACUGCUAUGAAGGUGAUCCAGAGGAACUGUGCUGCUUACCUCAAACUCAGGAACUGGCAGUGGUGGAGACUCUUCACCAAGGUGAAGCCUCUGCUGCAGGUGACCAGGCAGGAGGAGGAGAUGCAGGCUAGGGAGGAUGAGCUGGAGAAGAACAAGGCGAGGCAGCAACAGACUGAGGAGCAGCUGCAGGAGUURGAGGCCAAGCAGAAACAGGUAUGGAGUGUCCCUUCUA